CAUAAUUUUUGGGUAACUCAUGCUUCCUUAUUUUUCUACACGGGUACUAACACUCUUUCUUGUCCUAUUGUCUACCUUCAACUAUGACUCUACCACAGCAACUACGUUCUGAGAGUGACUUCGACCAGCUGCCUAAUAACGUCCCAAUUAGUGCUACCAUUGCGGAUGUCGAGGAGAAGAAGGGCUUCAUUGACUAUUUUAGGUUUGUUAUUGAGGUGAAGACCAAAGGAGGCAGCAAGUAUCUGAUCUACCGGCGCUACCGAGAGUUCUUCAGCUUACACCAGAUCCUUGAGUCCAGGUACUCACCGGAGGACCCUGACAGACCUUCACCCAAUUCCUGCGUGCUCCCCACGCUUCCGGGCAAAGUGUUCAUGGGCAACAAGCGGGAGAUUGCGGAGAGCAGAAUCCCUGAGCUCAACACGUACAUGAAGAGGCUGCUUGGUCUGCCGACGUGGUUGCUGCUGGACGAGGAGCUCAGGAUGUUCUUCUACCAGACGGAGAUGGACAGCCAACAGCAACCUCGGGCUCUCAGGCGUUUACGCCCGCCUACCCGCAGAGUGAAGACUGUUAAACCAAAGACGGACCUCUUCUCCUCCCCCAGGGCAGAGGCCAUGUUUGACUUUUGCGGAAGCAGCAAAGCAGAGUUGAACCUAAAGAGAGGAGACUUGGUGUUCCUGCUGCAUCGAGUCAACCCCGACUGGCUGGAGGGCACCACCAAUGACCAGACGGGUAUUUUCCCAGAAUCAUUUGUGAAGAUCAUCAAGCCCCUCCCAGAGAGCGAAUCUGAGGGAGAAAGUGGCGGCUCCACCUUUAGCUGUCUGCGAUGCUACUUGCUCACCCCUGAUGGAGUCGACACCAGAGACGUGUGCGUUCAAGAGGACCUCACCAUCCAGCCAACACACAAGGACCUGAUGUCUCGAAUGAGGGACGUCUUCAAGGUGGACGGCAUUGCGUUAAAUUACCGCGACCCCGAGGGCGACUUGAUCCGCAUCCUGGACGACGAGGACGUGCAGCUGAUGAUCUCGGAGAGCAGAGGUCAGCCGGGGGCGGGCCAGAGGCCUGUCAAUCAGUUUCCAUGGGAACUGCACGUGACAUUGGCCUCGGACCUUUCUGUUUACAAUGUGGAGGCAUAAACUUCACAGGGGGGCAUUUUGUUUUAGUCAAAGUCUCAACAUACUGAGGAGUAAACCUACUACAGUGUUAUUCAUUUGUAUGAUCCAAUCACAAUUUUAUGUUUUGACAAAAUAUUCAUGCAAACUUUAAGGCAAAUGUUAUCGAUUGAAUGUUUGUAAAGUUGUGUACUGGCUACGUCUUGAAGCAAUAUACUUGUUGACUUGAUUCAGUUUGCUGCUGCCUUAGACAUUUUCAAGUGAAUAUUUCCUACUGCUGGACAAACGUUGGCUAUAUUCUACAUUUUGAUGAGCUAAAAGACUCCCUUUCAAAACUCAGUAGGUUGAAGCUGCUUUCAUUUUUAUCACUGCUGGGUUUCGCAUUUAAUUGUAACAAGGUCUAGCUCUGAGCCUCGGGCUACGCUGCUUUGGACAAAGUUUUGCCAGUUGAAAAAUAUUUAAAGCUAGAAUUGGAGUUAAAUUCCUGCAAUAAAUAAUAAAAAAAAUCAGGUGUAUGUUCGAAAAUAGCUGUGUACUUUGCCUAUUAUUUAGUUAUUUGUGUCUGAUGCCGUCACAGAAGUGUACCAGGGAUUACAUCGAUGUGAAGAGUGAUGAUA